AUAAUAAUUAUACUUCCCAUUGGAGAAAAGUGCUAAAUGAAAAUAAAUGUAAUAUAAAUGCCUUGUCAUCUGCAAGGGAAGUGACUGAAGAUGUGUGUUGUUACACAGUGAUGAACAGCUACAAGUGUGACAUAAAGUCCUAUAAGAGUUCCUGUUAUGCACUUGUGCGCAACACUUUUGAGCUGAAUAAGAGUCAUCUGCGCAAAUUAUGACAGACCUCAGUGAUGCAUGUCAGAAAUCCACACUGAAACGUUUCAUUUGCACUGUUUAGAAUGAGUGUGUGUAAACACCUCUUGUGUCUCAAGUGAGUGGGUUAGACUCAAUCUAUAAACAAAGGGCAGCAUAAAAGUGACCUGACAACAAAGCUCUUGUGUUACUGUGGUAGCAGGACUGCUGUCUGGGCAAAACAGGAAGGCCAGAAACUUGUUUUCCACUCAGGGCACGUGACUCCUUCCAUUGGGAGAGGCUGCAACCAUGGAAAAGUGAAUGUAAAAGUGAUUUUUAAAAAUGUGUGCAGUGUUCGACUGCACCUACCUACAGGUUGCCCUGUACCUCUAUGGGAACUCUGUGCCCAGGGACAGCCAGCCCCUCCGUGACGCUCUGCAGCAGGAGUUUGACCUGGUCGUGCACAGUGUCAUCUUGGCCGUCAACAAUCUCAAUGUCGACGGGAUCAUUUUGGGCUGGAUCUGCAUCCUCACCCAGCACUUGCAUGAUGUCAAGCAGACAGGCAGGUGCAAGCUGUUCAGCUCUAGAGAGGAGGAGAUGUCAGUCCUCAGGGAAUAUUCGGGAGUUAUGGUGCGGAAGCUCAGCCCCCCAUCCCUGAGUGGACCGAAUCUCAACCACUGCAUCUUACAGGAGAUUGUAGCCUUCAAAGUGCUGGAGGUGCUGGUGGAUUUUCUUUCGAACCCAGACACUAUGAACCAGCUGGUGGUGAGCCAGCUUGGUGCUGAAUCUCCAGCAACCUCCACAAAGCCAGAAGGGGCUCAGGAAAGGAUAGUGCACGUACAGGAGACUGAAGAUCAAGAACCAAUGACUGAAGACACAAAAACCAUGCAGACCAGUGACUUAAAGGGCAAAAAGAAAAAGACCAGACUGCAGAGGAUGAAAUCUAAACUUAAGAAGAUAAUGAAGUCCAAGAAAGACAAAGGAAGUGACGACGAGCCGGAUAGAAUGUUCCGCAGUUGUAAUGCUAGCGAUGUGCUGGGCAGCGACGGUUGCAGUGGUGAUGACGACGACGAUGGUUGCAGUGGCGAUGGUGACAGCGAUGGCUCCACUGGUAGCAUCAGCGGCUCUUCUAGUGAGGACAGUGCCAAACAGAGUCCAGAUAGCUGCGCCGAUAACAUAUUGUGCCUGCUUUCAUACGAGAUUUGGCAGAUAAGUGUUUGGACAGCCUCAAUCUCACAGGUGGAGCAACAGGACAAGGAGCUGCUUUUUACAAUACACCUGGAGGGCAAAGUCGAGACAGAGGCCCUUCAGUGGGACACUGUGAAAUCCCAGAUGGAUUUUAAGAAGUUACAGUCUGACUUGCAGGCAGGAAACAUGAACAACCAAGAGGGCUCUUCUCACCUGCCCUCAGUAGCAGCGGUGCUGGAGAACACGGAAAGGAGCAUAGAUGAUGAAUUCAAAGAGGAGGCCAAAGCUACACUGAACUGUUUUCUGCAGGCGCUUCUUUCAGACAGCGAGAUGAGAAACAAGAGAGAUGUGUUUGUGUUCCUGUGCCCACUGGAUCAGCUGCUGGAGGAGCGGCAGAGGGAGGAGCCCCUCAGUGAGAUAUACAAACUGCUGCACACCCUGGCCUCAUUCUUUACUGAUGUAGAGCAAGAAGAGGAGCACAGUGGUGAGGUAGAGAGAACCCCUGAUGGCCCUAAAUGUCAGCUUGGGUCUGGGAGUGGUCCUCCGGACUCAGGUGAAGGAGGUGAUGGCUCUACUCCAGGUCAUCAUGAGCGCCUGAGGGCCCCCCUCACAGAGCCCAACAGAGCCGAGAGGCAGCCUGCUGAGAUGUCCAAAAGCACAAAUAGCUCUGGCUUUGAGUUCCGAGCACUUCCUCUUCCUGCUGGCAAUAUGGACCAGGCUCCAGACCAGGACACAGAGAGAAUUCCCCAGCGUCUUCACCGGCAUGUUGACCAAAGCCAAGGCAGGGACUGUAAGAGCUUUCCGCAGGACGGCAAACCAACUGAAAAGAGCAAGCUGCCUGCCAAGGUGCCUGUGGUACUCCCCAACCGAAAGGAAAAAGGGCAAAGGGACCCAGAGCAGGAAAAGGCACCUCAACAUGGUAAAAUGGACAUGUCCAGCAAGUACACUAAAGCCCUGACUGAUCUGCUGAAGGAAAUAUGUGAUCAUUCAACAGUUGUGAAAUUAUGUUGCUCUGAAUUCGUGCAGCGGCUUAUACAGAACACAGUGAAGGGCUACCUGAAGUGGCUGGACUUCACAGAGGACCAAGUUGCGUCUUUAAUUAGCAACAUCCGGGAGAAGCAGUGGCCCGAGGGGGUCCCAGAGGUCUUAGAACAACAAGAAACCGCCCGAGACAUGAGCGAUAUGGAGAAGGCUGAGCUGAAGGAGAAGGCCUGGGGACUCAUCCAUGCCAAACGUCCAAUGGCUAUGAAAUUUAUGAAGGCUGACUUGGAGAAAGUGUUUCAUAGCUUCCAGGAUGCAGAGCAGAACAAGAAGCUGGUUUAUAUGCUGUUUUCGUUUCUACUGCUGAAGAUGUUUCCCGAAGAAAGGGGUCUGACUGAUAAAGCCAAAGCACUUUUAAAAGUCCCUCCGUUAUUUGACUCAGUUUGAGUGUGGUCAAGAAGAUGGAUUUUUAUCAGCUAUCAGAGCUAUUUGUGUAUCCCGGAGGCAGCACUUUACAGUAACAGGGGUAACUGGUAGUGUAGUGCUUAGAGCUGUUGCUUUUAGACCCACAGAUUGCAGGUUCAAAUCUCUCUCUAGCUGUAGUACUCCUGAGCAAGGUACUUAAAUUACUCCUGUAAAAAUUACUCUGCUGUACAAAUGGGUUAAUACUUGUAGGUGGUUUAACAUUGCAUUGCAACAUUGCAUUUUGGAGAAAAGUGUCACCUAAAUGCAUUAUUGUAAUGAGCCACAAGAGAGGAACUGAAGCCCAUCAGGUUCCAAUACAAGGCUGAGAAGUCCUCCUGCACAAUCUUGAAGGUGCUUUCACAGAAUAUAUUAGUAGUGUGUAUGCUGUGAAACACACUACUAAUACAGAGAUUAAGCAAAAAACAUAUUUAUAUAUUCAUGUCUUCCAAAAGUACACCAUUGUUUAUUUUAAUAACCAAUGGAUAACAGGUAGUACCGGUAAUGGUACUGGGUGUGAAUCUGUUUAUUUUCCCCACCUGGUGUCCUCCCACAUUCCAGAGAGAUUUGGUUUAGUUAUAUCAGUAGCACUGAAUUCCCUUUGGUGUGUGUGUGUGUGUGUGUGUGUGUCUGUGUGUCAGAGAGUGAGAGAGAGCAAGAGAAAGAUAUAUAUUGUGCUGUGAUGGACUGGCAUCCCAUCCACACAGCACUCUACCAUGUGCCCUUUGUUUUAUAGGCUCCAGACCCCUGGGAGCCCCUUUAGACAUUGUAACAACAGAUCAAGGUCAAUUAUAUAAACUAAUGUUAUAGAGUUUAAAAGUUUUUUAUCCUCAACAAUUUUCAUUCAUUGAACUUACUGCAGUGACAUUAACUCUGAGAUUUAACUUUAUGUAAAUAUUUGGACAAGCGGUUCUGAGUGUGUGUGUGUGUGUGUGUGUAAAUAUUUUUUUUGCUUUAUCAUUAGCACAUUGAUUUGUGCUGCCUUUAUUCAUGAGGUACUGAGAGUACUGAGGAGAUAAAAUAUUGACAUGUGCAAUUUACAUCUGGAGUGCAAUGAACUUGGGUGUAUUUUCCAGUGGGACCUGAGACAUUGCUGGACAUUCAUAACAAUUUUAUUAUAGUAUUAAUGAGCACUUCAUACAUACCUAAAAAUAGUGUGACAGUAAUUCUCUUCAUUAAGGUCUUUAUAAGAACAUAAAAGACAGAACUGUAUUUUGACUGUACACACAUGGGGCAUUUUAAUAUUGCAUUAGUUAGGAUUUUCAUUGAGUUGGCUAUACAUGGUGGACCUCUUU